AUGGUGUUAGAUUACUCAAGAAACUUUGGAAACGCAGCCAAAGAGGGGGUAAAGAGGACAACCCAUUUGGCGACGUACUAUUUUACAAAUCCAAAUUCUUGGUAUCCUGUACCCGAACGUGCCAUGAUCCUGUUGGCCAUACCAGCAAUUCAACUCUUAACACCUGUACCGAUGGCACCACAGAGCAUACAGAAGAUGAGGGACUGGGCGCUAACAACGAUGACAAAAGCUGGAACUUCUCUGUCUUAUCUCUAUCAGAGAAAUUAAGCCCGGCCAACUGGUCAGCGUCGAACGCUCUGACUUCGAAGAGCAGCGAGAAAACAGCGGGAAACAAGACGAAGAGGAAGAUGGAAUAUUUGACUACGAUUCCCCGAUUGAUGAUGGUGACAUUCCAUCUUUGGAACAAGGGGCUGAUUUUCACCUCGGAAGAGGUUCCCGCUUCGCAAGAAGUAUUCGCUUCAACAGCAGAACUGUGUUCAUUUGA